AUGGAGGAUGACGAGAGCGAGGACGAGCCCCGAACACAGGAGCACUGCCAGGGAUGGGUGCUGCUUCUUACUAUGUGUGCUGCCGGCAUUGGGGGAACCUUUCAAUAUGGAUAUAAUCUUACAAUAAUCAAUGCCCCCACAACUUAUAUUCAGAAAUUUGUGAAUGAAACAUGGCUGGAACGCAGCGGAUCAAAAUUGGACAGUUGGAUCAUCACCCUGGUCUGGUCCAUAAUAGUGUCUGUGUACCCACUGGGUGGAUUCCUAGGAGCACUGCUUGCCGGUCCAAUGGCUAUCAAGCUAGGACGAAAGAAGUCUCUCCUCUUCAAUAACAUUUUCAUUGUCCUGUCAGCAGUCCUCUGUGGUUUCAGUCAGCUUGCAAAGUCUUUUGAGAUGAUCAUACUGGGAAGAAUAUUAGCUGGUGUGAAUUCAGGUGUCAGCAUGAAUGUCCAGCCUAUGUACCUUGGAGAAAGUGCCCCUAAGAAGCUCCGUGGUACAGUAGCUCUGUCCUCUGCUGUUUUUACUGCCUUUGGACUAGUGAUGGGGCAAGUGGUGGGAAUCAGUGAGAUACUUGGCAGUGAAGAGACUUGGCCUCUCCUAUUAGCAAGCAAUGCAAUUCCUGGUAUUCUUCAAGUUCUAGUUCUUCCAUGGCUUCCAGAGAGUCCUCGAUACUUGUUAAUAGAUUUGGAGGACAGGGAUUCCUGUGUCUCUGCAUUACAGCGGCUACGUGGGCACUGCAAUCUUAGCAGUGAGAUGGAGGAGAUGCUGGCAGAGCAGGCAGCCAUCAAAGGUCAAAAACCAAAGAAUCUUUUUAAUCUAGUCCAGGAUCCAUUACUACGACGGCAGGUUCUUACUAUAGUAGUGCUCAGCAGUGCUAUGCAACUGUGUGGAAAUGAUUCAAUGUAUUUUUAUGCAUCCUACAUAUUUAAUGAAGCUGGGAUACCUCCGGAGAAAAUCCCUUAUGUUGUUAUUGGCACAGGUAGCUGUGAGCUCAUUACUUCAUUCACUUGUACUUUAUUUAUUGACCGUGUUGGCCGUCGGGCUCUAGUGAUGGGAGGAUACAGUUUGAUGUCGGUGUGGGCUGUGGUUUUUAUGGUUGCUUUAUCUCAGCAGGUACCAGCACUGCACAUGUUCUUUUAG